UUGAGCAAGAUCAUAGACGCGCAGCUGCAGGUUCCGGUGCCGUAAAAUGGGAAGGCCAGCUAGCAACUGGGAGAAGGUUCAUCAGGGCUUAAAGAAAGGGCCAUGGACGCCUGAAGAAGACCUCAAGCUUUUGAACUACAUUGAAGCUCAUGGUCAUGGAAGCUGGCGAGCGUUGCCUGCCAAAGCAGGGCUUAAGAGAUGCGGGAAGAGUUGCAGACUGAGAUGGACAAAUUAUCUGAGACCUGAUAUUAAGAGAGGAAACUUCAGUUUGCAGGAAGAACAGACCAUUAUCCAACUACACGCUCUCCUUGGAAACAGAUGGUCAGUAAUCGCAAAUCAUUUGUCCAAGAGAACCGACAACGAGAUCAAAAACUAUUGGAACUCUCACCUGAAGAAAAGGUUGACGAAAAUGGGCAUAGAUCCGGUGACUCACAAGCCCAAGACCUACUCCCUAGCGCCGGCCGGCCAGCGGAAGGACGCCGCCAACCUCAGCCACAUGGCUCAGUGGGAGAGCGCCCGCCUCGAAGCCGAAGCCAGACUCGGCCGAGACUCCAAGCUGCAAGCUCCCAACUCUUUCCACACCCAGCUCGGCUUCUAUCCAACAGCGCCGCCACCGUGCCUCGACAUGCUGACGGCAGGGCAAGCUGGAUGCCUAAGGUCACCCACAGACAGUGCCACUGCCAGCGGCAUCUUUUCCGCCGCCGGCAAUCUGGAGUCCCUGACGUCAACCAUGAACUUCGCACCAAGAAACCCACUUCCCACCCUUGUUACUGGAUUAUCAUUCGCCAGCAAUUCCUCAGCCCAAAUCGAAGAAGCCAUUGCCAUGAAAGAAGAUAUUGGAAAAUCAAUGGACACGAUCAUGGCCCUUUCGAGAAAUGAUCAUGCAUAUGUUGCAGAGUCUUUGAAGACAGUAAACGAGAACAUACUGCAGCCAGAUUUCUUGGACGGCCUCUCCGAUCUUUUGUUCCAGAAUUCCGAUGACUUCAACUCAUCGAACAGUAAGGUAGACUGUGAAAAUGUCGGAGGAAGUUGCUCGGAUGAUCAGUUGGAAGAGAACAAGAACUACUGGAACUCCAUUCUGAGUUUGCUGAACUGUCCACCAUCAGGUUCGCCAGUAUUCUAACUUGCUGGAAAAAUUAAUGUUUACU